AUCAUCUUCCCGCGCGUUUCAGCUACUACCCAAAAAAGCCUGCGAACAGAACAAACCCUAGCUUCAACGCCAAUGGAAGUCGAUGGAGAAAAGAGCGACGUAGAGCGAGAAGAAGAAGACGAGGAAUCGGUAACCGACGUCCUGAAAGAUCGAUUCCGGCUCUCCGCCAUCCCAAUCGCUGAAGAAGAAGCGAAGAGAAACGGCAUGGAAAUAUCUGCACCUAUCGUCGCCUGUAUUGUCGAUUUGGCGUUCAAAUACACAGAGAAUCUGGCAAAGGAUCUUGAGCUAUUUGCUCAGCAUGCUGGCCGUAAAUCUGUUAACACUGAAGAUGUCAUUCUUUCUGCACAUAGAAAUGAACAUUUAGCUGCCACAUUGAGGUCCUUCUGUGAAGAGCUGAAAGCAAAAGAACCGCAAUCUGAGAGGAAGCGGAAGAAAGGAUCAAAGAAAGAUGACAAAGCUACUACCAGUGUGGUAGAUAUCUCUGAUCUUUGAUUCUGUAUAUGUUGAUAGGUGCUAAUCAUGUCAAGUUAAAGUUUGUAAUGCUCGCUUAGUUGGAGACAGAAUCUAAGAAAGAUAACAAAACUUCUACCAGUGAGGUAGAUAUCUCUGAUCUUUGAUUCUGAAUAUGUUGAUAGGUGCUAAUAAUGUCAACUUAAAGUU